AUGCAGCCUCGGCUUGAGCUGUCCUCAUUUCCCGCCGAGGUGAUCCUCGGUGUUUUCUACUCGCUAUCUGCAUUUCCCGAUACACUACAUCUCGCUGCAACCUGUCAAAGACACCGACAGAUAUUCCACGACAAUGUCAGCACCAUUUACCAUUAUGUGAGUCCAAUGGCAAUCCCUUGCCGACGCUAUGCGCGAAAGCUGCUGGCAGACCAAGGUGGUUCCCUACGAAAUGAGACUCCGACGGUGCAAGAUUUCUUGCAAAUGACCCGAAACUCUAUCGUGAUGGAGAACUCCGUUGUCCACUUUAAUGAAACGGUCGUCAUUAAGAUGACCCUUAGCGGCCGUGCUCACAACCCCCGUGAUAAGAGGUUCUUCGACGGCAAUCCAAUACGUCCUCCGUACUUGACUAAACGUGAGCGUCCAGGAUUUAUUCGAGCGGCCUAUCAACUGUGGAGCAUGAUUCUCCUUGAUCCUAUAUCAAGGGAGCUGAGGAUAAACACACUCAAAUACAAAGACAUUUACACGCUCAUGGAUUUAGCGCCACUUCAAUUCUGGACCGAUGGAGUGUUAAUCCUAGACAAAGAAACUAUGGAGAUCGAAAAGGCGGAAGUGGGACUGGUGGAACAUCUUGGUCUGUAUGACCUAAGAGCAGCCAGUACGCGCAUCGUGGAGAAGUUUUAUCACGAGGGAAGAAACCAUUUCAUUUGGGGAAAGAAAUAUGGAUGGAUUGGUUGUGUCUCUAUCUGGGAGAAUUGGUUUGAAGAAUUUGAGGAAUCGGUGGUGGAUGGAUUAAAGGGAGCUAGGGGAGAUAAACCAAUCUCCGAGGUUUGGUAUGAAACUUCUGAUGAGUUGUUAAUGGAGUCCAAGAUGCCCGAACACACAGUCAUUUUACAGGACGGCAUCACUGAAUCCGACUUGGACCGAUUCAAGUCGCUGGUGGAAUCGGCCGGGGGACAAAUCACAGGCGAGCACGGCAAUGAAGUACAGUUAGUUGGGCCCCACUCCCUUGCAGAAUCCAUUCCACUGACCAAGUGGGCCAUUGCUAGAUUCCGAGUGCCUGACACGUUUGACCUGCAUCUGAUCACCAAGAACUUGUCGAUCGAAACCAUUUCGGACCAUCCCUAG